AUGAAAUUUGUUUUUAUAUUUGCAAUUAUUAUAACAAUAUUUUCUAGUAAAAACAUUAAAUGCUUUAAUGAUAUAAAUUCAAAUGGGAAAAAAAACGUACAAGAGCAAAACAAUAAUAAGGGGGAUGGUAAUACUUCGACACAAGAAAAUCAAAAUGUUGAUGAAGUGAAUAGCCAAAAUAAGGGAAAUGUAAAAGAAGGUGAAAUUGAUGAAAUGGAUGAAGAACAUGCCAAACAAUAUAACAUCGAAAUUGACUCAGAACAUAAUAAUAACGAACUUUUCCAAAACGAUACAAACUACGUAAGUGAUGAAAGCGGAAAAGACUAUAUUGAGAGAGACCCCUUCUUGUUCAAUGAUGAACAAAUGGAUAAAAUGAAUAACAAAGAAAACAUGCAUAAUAAACCUGAACAAGAAGGACGAAAUAGUAAGACUGGAAAUGAUUUAAAAAAAAACAAUAGUAAUAAUAAAAAAAAUUCAAACAAAAAAGAGGAUGAUGAAUAUAAUAAAGAUUUAAUACAUUUUGAAAAAGAGUUUAGAGAAAUUGAUGACGAUUCAGGCGAUAAUAGUACAAUUGAAGAUAUUGGUUUAAAUUUGAAAAAUGAUACGGAUAAAAAUGUGGACAAGUUAGAUAAAAAUAUGAACAAGCUAGAUAAAAAUGUGAACAAGCUAGAUAAAAAUAUGAACAAGCUAGAUAAAAAUGUGAACAAGUUAGAUAAAAAUGUGAACAAGCUAGAUAAAAAUUAUGACCAAGCUAGCCAAAAUGGAAAUGUGCAUAAUAAAGAUAAACGACAAAGUAAACAAGGGAUAAACAAAAAUAACAAAAAAAAAGAAAAUCAUGAUUGGAAAAGAAAAGUAAAUGGAAAGGAAGAUAUCCCACAUAAUCACAAAAACGAAAUGUUACUUGGAAAAGAACAUGAGUCAAUAAAAUAUUUUUUUGAAAUAUUAACUGAAAUAUUUAUCAUAAUAAAAUUAGGUAUUAUGGAUAGAUAUACAAAUUAUUUAAUUCCAUUAAAAAAUAUAAUAAUUCACAAAACUUUAAAUAAAAUGGAAUUUGUGUGCACAACUAUAUUAUGGUUACAUAAGGUAGGUAGUGAACAAUAUAGAGAUACAUAUGGUUUUAUAUUAAUAAUUUUAUUUAUAUUAGCUUUAAAAUAUAUAAUAAAACAAACAACUUUUAAGAUUAAAAAAAAAACAAAAAAUGAAAAUGGUGUAUUUAAAAAUAAAAGUAAUGAAAAUAUAUAUAUUGAAAAUUUAUUAAAAAGAAUUUUAUAUAAAGUUGAAAGAAAAAAUACACUCGAAUUUGAAGAUAAUAAUAAUAUUAAUAUAUUGCAGCAUAUUUUAGAAAAUACUGAUAAUAUAUUAAUAAAUAGUAAUAUAAUAAAUAAAGAAAAUAAAACUAUAUAUACAGAUAUGACAUCAAAUAUAAAUAAUAUAGGUGUCUUUACAUAUGUAUCUACACAAGCUUUAAAAAAAAUUAACUAUAAAACCGAUGUUAUAAUUAAUGAAUUAACAGGUGGUAGAGCACAUGGUUUAGGAGAUAUUCCGGAUGAUAAUAAAACAGAUAGUUAUAAAAAUUUAACAAUGAAUGAAUAUGAUGAAUAUGAUAUGAAUAAAAUGAAAGAAAAUUUUGUAAAUUAUAAUGAAUAUGAUGAAAAUUAUGUUAACAAUAAAUUAGGAUAUAACAUGAUAGGGAAUCAUAACGAAUUUUCUGAUAUUCCUACAAGUUUUAUAAAAAAAAAUAAUAAUUAUCCUUUUAUUAAUGAAAAUAGUAAUAUGAUCGAAGCAAAUAAUAUGGCCGAAGCAAAUAAUAUGGCCGAAGCAAAUAAUAUGAUAUAUAGCCAAGUUGGUGAGGAAGAAAUGAAUUAUAAUAUAGGGACGGUAGUAAAUAAUUUAGGAAAUCAUAUAGAUAAAAAUAUUAAUGAUAAUAUAGAUGGAAAUCAUAUUAUAAGAAAUUUAAAUAGUUCAAAUAAAAUUCCUGGGAACCAAUCUCCUUAUUCAACAGAACAUCCAGGAAUAUAUGAUGUUAUAUCUAAUUCGAACAAAAAUAAUACAAAUGAAUAUGAAGAAGAUAAAAUACAUUCUUUUCAUUUGAAAAAUAAUGAAGAAGAUAGACAAAAUAAUUCUCCAUUUAUUAGUCAAUAUUUAAAGGGAAACCAAAAAACGGGUUUAAUAGAAACCAACAUAAAUAAUUCAUUGUUAAAUCAGAAUGAUAAAAUAAGCAAUAGCAAUAAUAAUGAUAGCAAUCGCAAUAAUAAUGAUAGCAAUCGCAAUAAUAAUAAUAAUAAUAGCAGUAGCAAUAACGGAACUAACAAUUUAGUAAACCCAAACGAAGAAAUGGAGAAUAUUAGUGCACCUCCAUAUCGAUAUAGCCAAAACGUUAAUAAUAACAAUAUGAGAGAUUCAAAAGAACAUAUAAAUAAUUAUUCUACCAAUUUUAUGCAUAAUAAAAAAUCAUCUGUCCCUUUAAAUGAAAAUAUUUCAAUUCGUGACAACAUUCAAGAAAAUUCUAAUUAUCUUAUUCAGAGUGGGGAAUCCAAUAGAGAGUCAAUAGUACCUGACCUGAAUAACGAAGAAAUAAUGACAAAUUCCAAUAUAAUUAGUAACUACGAAAAUAGGUCCGAGUUAGUGAAUAAUAAUUUGUCAAAUAAAAGUGACCCUUUUUUGAAUGAAAGAGAAAAUGGAAUCAAAAAUUUAGAAAAUGAAAAUUUUGUGAAUAAACAGAAUACUUUCCCUAACCAUGCACCACCUCCUUUUUCAUAUGUAACCCCACCACAACAAUAUACCGACAAUAUAUCAUCACGAAAUAGCAAACAUCUAACUCAACGAAAGGAACGACAAGAAAUAAUUGCAACCAAAUCGCCUUUUAAUUAA